AUGGGGUCAUUUCCCUUGGCUGAGUUCCCAUUACGUGACAUUCCUGUUCCAUUUAGCUACCGUGUGACCGGUGACAUAGAUUCUCCAAACGGUGUUGGUGCACUUAUUGGUGCCGCUGGCACUCAUCGAAACUCUGGCACAACUAACAUAGUUGAUGCUCAGAAUAAUGAAGAAGAUAUCAGUGAGCACCAGAGGAAGAGAGCGGCUGAUUCUGGCGAAUCUACUCCCGAAAACGAUGAUUUUAAAAGAGCAAAACAUAACAAUCACAAAACAUUUCAUCAAGUUAACCUUCAGAGCGCUGGAGCACCAUCUAUGGACGAUGAUAGCGUGCAUGACUUAUUAGAUAUAUCCAAUGGUACAAAAAAACUUCUGAUGUCCACGGACGAUACAUCCGCUGCAUCCUCUACCUUAGGUGUAAACAUGGGGGUGGCACCUCAUAGUGUUGCUGCUCCUAAUGCCACUAAUGUGGUAACAACAACUGAAAGUGAUGUCAAUAUUAAUAACAAUAUCAGUAAUAGUGCUAUCAACAAUAACAAUCCUAUUGAAGAAGGAGCACUGCCGUUAUCACCCACGGCUUCCUCUCCAGGUACUACAACCCCUUUAGCCAAAACUAUGAAAAGUGUCAAUAAUAAUAAUAAUAUCACUGACUUGAUAGAAUCUAAAGAUUCUUUCAUUUCUCCUGAAUACCUUUCUGAUGAAAUUUUAACUGCAAUAAACAAUAACUUACCUCACGCAUAUUUCAAAAACUUGUUGUUUAGGUUAGUCGCGAACAUGGAUAGGAGUGAGUUAUCCGAUUUAGGGACUUUAAUCAAAGACAAUCUGAAGAGAGACCUAAUAACAUCUUUGCCUUUCGAAAUAAGUUUGAAAAUAUUCAAUUACUUACAGUUUGAAGAUAUUGUAAAUUCACUUGGGGUUUCCCAGAAUUGGAAUAAGAUAAUUAGAAAAUCUACAUCUCUAUGGAAAAAACUUCUGAUAUCCGAAAAUUUUGUGAGCCCAAAAGGUUUUACUUCUUUCAAUCUUAAACUGCUGAAAAAAUACCCAAACCUUUUACAACAGGAUCGACUUAGAUUAGCUUUUCUGGAGAAUAUAUAUAAUUUAAAGAAUUGGUAUAAUCCCAAAUUUUUACCACAAAGGACUACAUUAAGAGGCCAUAUGACAAGCGUUAUUACGUGCUUACAAUUCGAAGAUAAUUAUGUCAUAACUGGGGCAGAUGAUAAAAUGAUAAGAGUCUAUGACGCGAUAAAUAAAAAAUUUCUUCUACAAUUGUCAGGACACGAUGGCGGGGUUUGGGCUUUGAAGUAUUCUCAUGAUGGCAUCUUGGUUAGCGGUUCCACCGAUAGAACGGUGCGGGUUUGGGAUAUUAAAAAAGGCUGUUGUACACAUGUUUUUAAAGGUCAUAACUCCACAGUGAGAUGCCUCGAUAUAGUGGAGUACAAAAAUAACAGAUAUAUUGUUACUGGCUCGAGAGACAAUACUUUGCACGUCUGGAAAUUGCCUAAGGAGGCUUCGGCUAUUGAACAUGGGGAUGAACAUGAUUAUCCAUUGGUAUAUCACACCCCGGAGGAAAAUCCGUAUUUUAUAGGUGUCCUAAGAGGACACAUGGCGUCUGUAAGAACUGUUUCUGGUCACGGUAAUAUAGUUGUUAGUGGCUCCUAUGAUAACACGCUAAUUGUGUGGGAUGUUGCGCAGAUGAAAUGUCUAUAUAUUUUAAGUGGGCAUACAGAUCGUAUUUAUUCUACAAUUUAUGAUCAUGAAAGGAAAAGGUGUAUUUCUGCUAGUAUGGAUACCACUAUUAAAAUCUGGGAUUUAGAAAAUAUUUGGAAUAAUGGAGAAUGUUCUUACGCAACAAACUCUGCCUCUCCAUGCGCGAAAAUACUUGGCGCCAUGUACACGUUGCAAGGUCAUACAGCCUUGGUUGGUUUAUUAAGAUUAUCUGAUAAAUUUUUGGUCAGUGCAGCUGCAGAUGGUACAAUAAGGGGUUGGGAUGCAAACGACUACUCUAGAAAGUUUUGUUACCAUCAUACUAAUCUGAGUGCGAUUACCACAUUUAAUGUAUCGGAUAAUAUUUUGGUAAGUGGUUCGGAAAGUCAGUUCAAUAUUUAUAACCUAAGAAGUGGGAAGCUGGUCCAUGCAAAUAUUCUUAAAGAUGCUGAUCAGAUUUGGUCGGUUAAUUUUAAGGGUGAAACACUUGUUGCAGCAGUUGAAAAAGAUGGACAAAGCUUUCUAGAAAUUCUGGACUUCAGUAAAGCUUCAAAAGUUAAUUACGUUAGCAAUUCUCUAAACUCCUCGUCAUCAUCCUUGGAAUCUAUUUCCACUUCUUUAGGAUUAACAAGGGCUACUAUAAUACCUUAA